UAAACUUACCUGGUAGCGAUGGAAUGGCGUCAGGUAAAUUUUGAGGAAAGAUCGACCGGUCGGUGAAACACAGGUUCGAUUUGUAUGAUUUGCAAUACCACAAUUAGGUUGACAUUCUGAUAAUAUAAUUUUCUUGUGUAAUGCAUAAAAUGAACCGUAGACAAAGAGAUUUUACUGUUAAGUGUUUAGGACUAGUUUCAUGUUUAUUUAUUGUCUUUUUCCUGUUUAGAUAUUUAACAUCGGCAAAAAGUUCAGAAUUAUCGGAUGGCUAUGAAUAUGAUAAUCCUUUUGAAGUAAUAGAUAAUACAAAAAAGAUGCAAUUUGACAUUAAACAGCAUUUGCAAAAUGUUAUAGAUAAUCCCCUUGACAUUAAACAACAUGUUAAAAAUAUUAUCCAAGAAGUUCUACCACAGCAAAAUGAACCUACUGAAAGUUCAUCCACAGACAGCAAUAGAUACCCACCAAAUUGGGAAGCACUCGACAAAAGGCCUUUACCAAAAUGGUUUGAUGAAGCUAAAAUAGGAAUAUUUAUUCACUGGGGUUUGUUUUCGGUGCCCAGUUUCAGUUCAGAAUGGUUUUGGUGGAGUUGGAAGGGAAAAGAAGCAACAAACAAGAAAGAAACCAAAGCGUUUAUGAAGAAGAAUUACCGAUCUAAUUACACUUAUGCCGAUUUCGCACCAGAUUUUACAGCAGAAUUUUUCAAUGCUACUGAAUGGGCGGACAUUUUUAAAAACUCAGGCGCCAAAUACGUAGUACUCACGGCCAAGCAUCACGAGGGGUAUACCAAUUGGCCAUCUGCAUAUUCCUACAGCUGGAACUCAUUGGCUAUUGGACCAAAGAAAGACCUUGUUGGUCAACUUGGUGCUGCAGUACGUGAAAAGGAUUUAAAAUUUGGACUGUACCAUUCGUUGUAUGAGUGGUUUCAUCCACUAUAUCUGAGAGACAAAAGAAAUAAUUUUCAAACUCAGGAUUUUGUAAGGGCAAAAACUAUGCCCGAGUUAUAUGAACUUGUAAAUGUAUAUAAACCUGACAUAAUUUGGUCUGAUGGCGAGUGGGAAGCAGAAGAUACUUAUUGGAAUUCUACUGAGUUUAUCGCAUGGCUUUAUAAUGACAGUCCUGUAAAAAACACUGUGGUAACCAAUGAUCGGUGGGGAAAAUCUGUAAGAUGUAAACAUGGAGGAUUUCUUGGGUGUAAUGAUAGAUAUAAUCCAGGUAUUCUUCAAAAGAGAAAAUGGGAAAAUUGUAUGACGAUUGACGAAAAAUCAUGGGGAUUCAGACGUGAGGCUAAUCUUAAUGAUUAUCUUACGAUAGAAAAACUUUUGCAGACAAUAGUGGAAACUGUAAGUUGCGGAGGUAAUAUUUUAAUAAACAUUGGUCCAGCUCAUGAUGGCACUAUUGCUGCUGUGUAUUUAGAAAGAUUAAGGCAGAUGGGAGAAUGGUUGAAAGUAAAUGGCGAAGCGAUUUAUUUUUCUAUUCCAUGGAACUUCCAGAAUGAUGCUGUGAAUGAACAUGUUUGGUACACCAAACGAAACAUUGACGAAAAAACAUCAGUUUAUGCUAUUGCAACAAAAUGGCCACAUAAUAACAAGCUACAAUUAGCUGGGCCUAUUACUGGAGAUAAAACAAAUGUUACUAUGCUUGGUUAUAACACACCAAUGAAAUGGACUGCUGAUCCCUCUGGAGGAAUACAUAUUGACAUUCCAUUUAUAUCAUACAAAGAAAUGCCUUGUAAAUGGGCAUGGGUUUUUAAAAUGACAGGUCUUACAAAUUCUUAGGUUUGAUAUCGAUGCAGCGUUUUCUCCUCACAAACUUAUUUAUGUAAUAUACAUGAUUUUUCUUAUUUACAUGGAUAGGAUAGUGUGGUAUAGUUUCUUUUAUUCUGAGAAUCUUUGAUUUUGAUAUUUUGUUCCAAUAUCAAGGCAGCUUCAAUAUAUGCAUUUGAAAUGAUCUGGAUUUGCCAUUAUCUGAUCAUCAACAGGAUCUACUUAAACUUUCAGAUCACUUGAGAUAAAUCCUACUAGUUGGUGGUAUUUGAUUUUCUAUCUAGUAUGUUCAUAAUGUAUUGUUAUAUGAUGUUGUUGUUUUUUUUUAUAUUAUGUGUUUUUAUGAUCUUAUUUAUUUCUAUUUACUGCAAUUUUAGUGCCAUAAUCAUGUAUUUGUCUUUGAAUGAACUAGAGAAGAAUGCUUUUUGCAUACACAGAUGUAAACUGUGGAAACUUGUGUUGGAAUAAUUUUAUAAUUACCUAUUGUUUAAGCCAAUAGCUGUCUCAUUUUGUAGUUUUGCACACAUAACAAACAAAAAUCGUUUUAACAAUGUUGUAUUACGAUAUAAUUGAUUUUCAACUGCAAUGUGCCAAUUAUAAUAAGAAAAAGCAUUUUUACUGGAAUUUCCAAACGUCUACAUCUUCACUAGAAGACAAAUAUAUAAUCAUCUGCAAUAUAAAUGUUCUGAAAAAGCUGCUUAUGAUAACGAAAGUAGCUGUUUGUUUAUUCAGACAUUUCAGAUGGCUUUACAAUACAAAGGCUCUUCAUUGUAAAAACAAAAACAAAAUGAGAACAACCAUAUUUAAAUGUAUAUUAUACAUUUUUUUGUUUUUUUUCAAAAGUGAUUAUUUUACUUGCAAAAAUGUAAAAUAUAUUUUUAUAUGUAUUUAUAUUUUUGUCUUGGCGUUGAUUUACUUUCGAUUAAUGAGUUUUGAAUGUCCCUUUGGUAUCUUUACUUCUCCUUUUGUUUAGGUAUUAAUUUUAAUGACAAUAUGUAUAAAACACAGAAAUAUCUAUUUAUGAAAUGAUACUAUUCUAAAACUCUUUUCGUUUGAUAUUUUUUAUCCAUAUUUAAUACAUUUAGUUUCAUUUUGUCAAAUGUAUGUUAAUAUUGGUGUCUCGGACAAUCAAAGUUUGGUCAAUAUGAUCGUUGAUAUCGUACCUACAUA